UUGACGGUGGCCCUGUACCGUCUGGGGACAGAGGCUUUUAAUUGGUUGUUGCCAUGAGAACCACUACAGCGUCAACAUGUCCGGAGGAGUGACACGUCGUGAGAAGAAAGAGCAACCUACAGUAAAAGAUAAAGUUAAGCUACAGAGAGAGGAAAAUGUCUUCCUCCAGUGGGACGCGCUGACACACCAACAAAUCCAAGACCUGAUGGAGAAGACCGGGGAUGACCUGCAGUCGGAAAUAAAGGAGCUUCUGGGCUUCAGGAACCAUCAAACUUGUAUGAAGGAAGCUGCCAUGCUGGAUUACUAUUUCUGUGGUGUCUGCUGGGCAAAAGAGGCUACCUUCACCUCCAUACAGACCUCCUUCACCAUGGCUGUGCUGCAAAUGCUGCUGGAUAACAUUAGAGUGAAGAAGAUGGCUUUAGUUGAGAACUUGAUGGAGUUUGCUAAGGCCUUGGGUCCUACCUGCCACUGCCCCACACCAGAAGCAGACACCACUCCACUUCUAGACAGCAAAGAGGCAACAGCACUCAUCAAUUACAUCAGAAACAGUCUGUUUCAGAAUUACAGACUGUUUGAACUUCUCUUCACCACAUCCAGAGAGGAGCUGCUGACAGGUGUGGAGAGGACUAUUGAUGUGUUCAGCUGCCAGGAUACUCUCAGUCCAUUGGAAGAAGGCAUUUCCACCCAAAUAGCGCUAAGUCCAAACAUGAAAAAUACACCUACCAACAGCUCUGAAGCCCAAUAAUUAAUAUGUUGGAUGUUUUUGUUGUUUUUGUUUUUUUGUUUUUUUUUUAUUUGUGUACAAUGAGAGAAAUGUAAAAACAGCAAUUUGAGGUUUUAGGGGGACACUGUAAUAACAUUAAACUACUGCAGAUAAAGCACCACAUUUCAUACGUACAUGAUUGAGUCCUGAUUGUUAAACUCAUCAUAAAACAAGGAUUUGGAUAUAAUCUUUGAACAAUGUACAGAAACACUGUAAACCUCACAAGAGUCAGCGCAGAUUAAUAUUGCAGUCAAGAAUGUAUGAAUUUCAGAGGGGAUUUUAACAUCUGUGAAUAAUGUAUAAGCUUUUAUUUCAAGCUGCCCUGCGAUGAGCUGGCGACUUGUCCAGGGAGCACCCUGCCCUCGCCCUGAGACAAGGCUGGGAUUGGCUCCAGCAGCAACACCCCGUGACCCCAUGGAAAGGGAUAAGCGGUUACGGAUAAUGACAUGACAUGACACUUUUAUUUCAAGCUUAUACGUUUGCAUUCCAUGUAGUGUUUUCUUGGAGUUCAAGCCUUUAGUUUGGUGUCGGUAUGUAUAAAUUACAUGGGAAAAUGAAAAUGGAACUUCAAAACGAUCUAACGUUGAACACAAAUCAAACACGAGAUGAGCCAGCAAUACCCUUUCACUUGUUGUCCUGGUGUUUUUACUGUGAACUUUAUGAUGAAUAAAGAAGUCCUUUCUGUG